AUGAUUUGUAUCCUUUUUAAAUUCAGCAAGUUUGCUGUUUUUGUUUUUUCUGCAUUACUUAUUUUGUUGAAAAACAAUGUUAAUGCAAUAGACCAGCUUGAUUUAAUUUUAUGUGGGAGGAAGGGUAACCAGUAUUAUGUAACUUCAACGCCAUUUAUUACUCAAGGAGCAUAUUUAUAUGCUGAUUUGUUAAUUAAAGCAAUUGAAGCUCCUUGGCCAGUUAAAAAAAAUGGAGCACCAUAUACCCAUGAAGAAUUUAAAUUGGAAAUUGUUAGAAAAGUCAUUUUGACGUCUCCAUCAAGAUUGAGAUGUGAGAUUUCAAAAGUAAUACCUCCAAAAGAUAGUGUUUGGAUUGAUAUAAUGGGGAAAAUGAAUAAAUACCCUAGGCCAUUAAGAAUUAUUAAUGAUGUCAGAUUUUCAGUAUUUCUAUGUGGGCCAGAUAUGUUGGACUCACCAAUAUUGAUAAAAUUUAUUGAGAAAGUUAAUCGUAAAUAUGGUUACAAUUUUAACCCUUUUUCUGAUAAAGUUAUCAAUGCUGCUCUGAAAAUGCAUGGGGUCCCAGACUCUACAGUUAAAAGAAAGAUUGCUCUCAGUGAGAAGAAAAAUUCCCCAACUGUAGCUCAAGAGAAAGAAAAAACACCAACUCAGAAAAUUGUUUAUGGAAUGCCUCCCAUUAAAUCUUCUUUGGAGCAUUCGAGGCUCGAUGAGAAAUCUUUAAGUAUUGAGAAUAAAUUAGCAAAAAAUCAGAAGCCAUCGUUAAUUUUAAGUGAGUCAGAGUUUGAUGAUAUUAAAGACGAAAAGUCCUUUGAAAGUGAUUACUCGAAAACUCCUCCCUUCCCAGAAGAGGAACAAAAACAAUCGUCUUUACAACAACCUAUUUUUGUUCCAGAAGUUUCUAAUGAACUCCCUGAAACUUUAUUAGUUGCAGCAGGUGCAAAUGCUUACCCACAAUUGUCUUUGAAAAUGCCAAAUAUUUCCGAUAUUAGGGUCUCCCAGAUUAAUAAGAGUAAAAAAUAUGCUUUAAAUCUUAAUUAUGAACCUUCAGCAUCUACUGAGGAUUAUGAGGCUUUGAAGAAUGAAACAUUUUCAAAUUUAGAAAAUAAUCAUAAAUUACAUGAAGAUAUUGGGGAUAUUGAUAUUUCAAAAAAACUUGAUCAAGACGAAGAGAUUAAUAUUGGAAACUUCACUGAACCACAAACUGAGGUUCAAUAUCAGGUCUCAUCUCCAACAUUUGGGCCUAAUAGCAUUGAAGAGCCAGAACUUCAAAUUGAGAACAAGCAAUUGCCAAAGUCUGAUUCAGAAGAUCAAAAACCAGAAUAUAGCUCUAAAGGAACAAUUGGUCCACCACCUGAUCAUAAACCACUUGAGAUCCUCGUUCCUUUUCAUGAGUAUUCAGAAGGUAAUACAGAGUUGGAAGAAGACGCUAGAAAUUAUAAAGAGCAAGAAGAAAUUGCAAACAAAAUUGAAGCAAAUUUCGAAAACGAAGACUCAGAAGAAGAUGAAGAUUUUGAAGAAGAAUAUGAUGAAGAGUAUGAGUUUGCUAGUGAAGAUGAGUACAACCAAUAUUUGGAUUAUAGGAAUCAAAACUUGAAUAAUAAUAAAGUAGAUAGUAGAAAUUCAAAUCAAUCAAAAGAAACGAAAAUACUUAAUGCAAAAUAUCCUCUUGGUAAAAAAGGAAAAUCUCAAAAAGCUCUCUUACAAGAUGUUAGUUCGGUAUUUACUGACUUGCUCAACGCUGUAAAGAGUAACAAGAUUUCAGAAAAAAAUGUUGCCUUUGGAAUCCCUGCUAUAAACCUCAAAUUAAAUACCAGAUCAAAGGCAAUUGUUUUUGGAGAUAGAGUUAUUAAGAAAUGGAAGGCAGAAAAUAUUGAUGGUGUUCUGAAGAGUAUUCCUAUUUUUCACCAGGGAUCAUUUGAUGAGCUUCCUUACAACACUAAAGACUCUAUUUUGACUUCCAAUUCAACGAAAGAAUCAACUUAUAUUGAAGUCGAUUUCAAUUCUGCUAUCAGAUCUCACGACGAGAAUGAAGGUGGGUAUAUUUGGAUACAAAGAAACCUUAUUGCAACAAGAACUACUUCAGGAUUUCAAGAUGUCCUAAUUAAAGCAGCUCUUAAGGGAUUAGAAACACUUACUUCCGUGCAAUGUUCAUCAAUCCUUAGUAUGCCAAUCUCCUCAACUGAGGUCGAAGAAUGUAUCUCAGCAUAUUUUGGUUCUAUUUAUUUUGGGCAAAAUAAGGUUUAUGGGGCUAUGACUGAAAAUGAUGAAGAGAAAUCCAUUAGUGGAUUUGAGAUUAGUAAAGCUUUUAUAACUCCCCAGCAAGUUACUUUUAAGGAAGAAAAAAGUCCUACACCCAAAGAAUUAGAUGAGGCUGAUUUAUUAAUUAGGAGUCACCUUAAGUUAUCAGCUGGCAAUCGCAAAGAAAAAAGAGAUGAUGAAGAGGAAACUUCAGAUUUUGAUAUGGCUGACAAAUUGAUCAGAAAAAACCUUGGAAUGAUGCCAAGUAGUGCUCGGCCCAACAUUCUUGUAAACAAAACUACCAGUUAUGACUUAGGAUUUGCUAAGGACAGAAAAAGUCAAUUUAGUGAGAAUUCUCAAGAAUUUAGUGAUGAACUAUCUGAAGAAGCCUCUACAACACCACCAGUAAUUGCCAAUGCUACUAAUACAAAACAUAUUCCAAUAAAAUUUUCAGACUUGGAUCUAAAUAAAAAUCAAAAACCUGCCACACAAAAAUUAUUUGAUUGGAGUUCGUUAAAGAACCUAACUAAGAAUGGGAUUGAGGAUGAUUUUUCUGAAGCAGACAUUUCUCAGUUGGCUUUAAAAGAAAAUGAUGCUAAUGGCAUUGAAAAAGCAGAUAAUCAAGACAGAAGAAUUCCGGAUGAAUAUAUUGACCCAGAAUUCAUAGAAAAAGCUCUUGAAAAGCUGGCAAUUAAUGCAACAGAAACUUAUAAGAGAAUAUCUAGCGAAUUCAAAAUGCCAACUAGUGAUUUAGAAACAACUAUGAAUUCUUAUUAUGAAUUUUUGAAUACAGUGGAGCUUUGGACAGCAAUUGCAGGAGAAGCACUGAUAUUUACAGGUGGGAAGAUGAAAGCGUUCUAUGUCUCAAAAAGCAAAAAGUUAUCUUAUUUUUACUCCAGAGAGGAAUUUUAUGUUUAUCAGGCAAUUCUAAAUUAUUCAAGUAGUUUAAUAGCGAGUAUGAACUCUUUUGGUAAUUUGAGGAAGAAUUUAGAAGAGAUAAAGGAAUUAUUGAGGAAGAGUUUUACUACAACUCUUUCUUACAAGCAUAUUAAGGAUUUAUCAGAUCAAUUUUAUUUCAAUCUUGAACAAUUUAAUUACUCAUUUGGCCACCAUAUACAGCUCUUCUGUGGUGGUCUCCCAGUAAAUGAAUGUUUGGGAACUAUGAGGAAUGACUUUUAUAGAAGAAAUGAAAAAUUCUCAAACUUUAUUGCUAGAAAUGGUAGUCUAAAAAGAGCAGUUCAUCAGAUCCUUGAAAUGUUCGGUAUCAAGGUUUCCACUAAAGAUUACCUUUCGAUCCAUGGCGGAACAAGAGACGAUGUAAAUAGAUAUCUAGCUAUAAAGGGUUAUAUUUCCAACCAAGUACCUAUAUUUACCGAAAAAUUUAGUAGAAAACUUUUGAAAGAGCAAUUGAGUAUAGACAGGAAACAUGCUACUCAUGCAAUUAAGGUUUUGCUUGAUAAACAUGGGUUAAUCUCGAAAACUUCGAGCUGUGGGGACGUAAAAUGGGAAUCUAAAGAUAAAAAUUCGGCUCCUUUAGUUGAAAAAAUUUAG